AUGACAGCGACAUUCGCACAGACUACAAACAAUGAAUAUUGUCAUCAUAAUGAAUUAUGUUUAUUUAUAAAUUUAAAAACAUUUCAAUUUCGAUUAUUUCUAUUUUUAACUAUAAUAAUAUUUAAUACAAAUGCUGUAUCAAAUCGAUUAUCUAUUUUAAAAAAUAAUACAUAUUUAACACGUGAACGUGUUAAACCAUCAUUAUCAGCGUCAAAAAUUUUAGAUGAAAAACAUAAACUAUCGUCUUUCUAUCAUAAUCAUGUAGAAUCAUCAUUACAACAAUCGAUAGAUGAAAAUGAAGAUUAUCAUAGUGAAGAACAGAUUCAAAAACAAUUAUCAUCAUCUGUUUUAGUUCUAACAUCAUUAACAGGAAUUUAUGUUUGGUGGCCAGCAUUAUUUGGAGGAGAUGAUUCAUUUCAUUUACUAUUAACACAAGAUGAUGUACCUCGUUUUCAUGAUAUAAUUGGUGAUGAUUCAGGCAAUAUUUAUUUAACAGCACCACAUGAACGUACUGUAUAUCGUUUACAAUAUGUUGACGGUUGGUGGAGAACAAAUAGUUCUCUAAAUCAUCAAAUUAAUUCUAUACGUAGUGAAAUGCCAUUAUUUCUAAAUAUUAAUUAUAUAUCUUCAUUAUUAUAUGUCUAUGGUCAUCGAGAUAUUCAAAUAAUUGAUCUUCUAGAAAAACGUUCAAAAGGUUCAACACCAUUUAUGAAACGUCUAAGAGAAUUAAGUCCAAAUUUACGAAUAACAGAUUUAAUUAUUGAUCAAAUUAAAUCAGAUGGUUAUAUCGUUGGUGAUUCGUAUGGAUGGUGUACAAUUAUUCGUUGUUCAUUAACCAUAAAUGAAUGUUCAUUUUUAUAUAAGGUACCAUCAUCUUAUGAUAAUCGACCAUAUUCAUGUAGUGCAACAAUUGAUUUUAAAAAAAAAUUAAUGUAUUUAAGUUUAGAAGAGAAAAUAUUAAUAAUCUAUUUAAAUGAACAAACAAAUUAUGAUAGACGAGUAUUAUUAACAGAUAAAAAUGGUCCACGUUCAACAUUGGGCUAUGAUGAUAUAUGUGUUAAUGAUAAUUAUUUAUUUUAUACAGACGUUCUAAGACCAUUAUUACACAUUUGUUUAUUAAAUGAAACAACGGGAUGUUUAAAUAUUUCUCUUGCACUUGUAUCACCACAACAAUCAAUAUUACCAUUAAGAAUGAAUAUUGUUCAUGUUAAAAAUUUGAAACCGCCACUUGUAGAAGAAGAAAAUGCAAUUGAAAUUCAUGUUAAUCACACAACAACGCCCCUAUUAACAACAAUAUUUAUUGAUCAAGAUAAUACAAAUGAUUCGAUUAAUAAAACUGAAAUAAUAAAAUCGAGAACAAUAGUGUGUUCAACAGAUAAAAGUAAUUUGAAAAUGAUAUUGGGUUUUUUAACCGGAUUUCUUGUAUGUUGUAUUGGAAUAACAAUACUUACAUUUACCAUUAGAACGAUAAAAAGAGGAAAACCAAUAGUUAAUGCAGCUACACGAGUUGUAAACGGUGGAGGUAGUAGUGGAUUAAGUAUUUCCAGAAAUAAAGAAGAAGAUCAAAAGAUACAAUUGUUAACAUCAGAGUCGAGCGAUACUAGUUCAUCUUAUAAACCCGAGACAAUUUUGUAG